AUGGCCGCCGCCGCGGCGGCGCCGCAGGCCAGCCCCCGCCUGCCCGCGCAGCUGAGGUCCGCGCUCCUCGCCGGCGACGCUGCACGCCUGCGCGAGCUCGGCGCCGCGGCCUGCGAGCGGCUGCGGGCCGCGGACCUGCCGCGGCUGGCCGGCGUGGCCCGCGCCUUCGCGGACUCGCGCGUGCGCGACGAGCGCGUGCUCGGCGCACUGGCCGCGCGCGCGGCCGCGCUGGACGGCGCGGUCCUCGCGGGCCCCUCGGCGGCGGCCCAGGCCGCGUCGCUGCUCGACUCGCUGGGGAAGCUCGCGGCCCGGGGCCUCGCCAGCAGCGCUCCGCGCGGGGGGCCGGGGGCGCCGCUGGCGGAGGCGGCACGCGGCGGCGCCUUCCCCGGGCGCGGGGAGGCGGCCGCCCACCUCGACGCGCGCGUGGCGGCCUGCGCCGAGGACCUGAGCCUGCUGGACCUCUCCAGGGCCCUCGGCGGGCUGGCGCGCCUCGGCCCCCGCGGGCCGCUGCGGCUGCUGCCCGCGGCGCGCCGGCGCCUCGAGGCGGCCGCGAGGACGCCAGCCUCCGAGCUGGACCCGAGGCACCUGUGCGCGCUGACGGCGGCGUACGCCACCUGUGCCCGGAGCGGCCACCGAGACCCGGAGGCGGUGCGGGCGCUCGGGGAGCUGCUCACGGCGUGCGGCCUGCACGGCAGGCGCGUGCCCGCCAGGUACCUCCUGCCGCUGCUGCGGGCGCUGUCCACGCAGCUCCGGCCCGCCCCCGCCACGUUCGCGCGGGCCGUGGAGGCAGGCCUGCAGCGCGAUGAGGUCGCGGCCCUGGGCGCCCACGAGCUGGCCGUGCUCCUGCGGGCACUGGCAUCCAUCCCCGGCCUUCCUCGGGGCGGCCUGCUGGCACGCACGGUCUGCGACGCGGCGCUGCAGGCCCCGCUGUCUGCGCUGCCGCCCGAGGGCCUCGUGGGCGCCAUGCGGUGCGCGUGGGCGCUGGGGCACGUCGACCCCGGCUUCUGGGUGCCGGUGCUCCGCCAGGCCACCCGUGCGCUGGCCGACCCGCCCGGCGCGGGCGGCUGGGCCACGGGCGACCUCGCGGCGGCGGCGCUGCUGGCCUCCCGCGUGAUCGCGGCAGCCGGGGCGGAGCGGCCCGCCUUCCGCCCCGGGGCCGACGACGGCUCGCGCCCGCUCCUGGCUGCGGCGCCGGCCGCGGCGGACCUGCUGCGCGCGGCGGCGGGCGCCGCCGGCGCGAGGGCGGCGGAGCUCGCGCCGUGCGACGUGGCCGUGGUGGCCACCGCGCACGCGAGGGCGGCGCUCGAGGACGGGCCCCUCUUCGCGGUGGUGUCGCACAGGGCCUGCGAGCUGCUGGGCGGGGAGGCGGGGGGCGGCCCGCGCUUCAACGGCGUGGACGUGGCCCAGCUCCUCGCCGCGCUCGCCCGCUUCGGCUACCGGGACGAGGAGCUGCUCUCGCGCCUCGGCGCCAAGGCCGAGGUCGAGCUGCCCUCGUACGGCGCGAGGGCGCGCGACAUCGCCCUCUGGGCCCUCUCCGAGCUGGGGGGCGUCCCGGGUGCCGAGCGGCACCCCGCUCUGUCGGAGGCCCUGGUGGAGUACGAGCUCGCCCGGGGCCGCUGCACCGACCGCACGCGCGAGCACCUCCUGUCCGUGGAGGUGGCGCCGGUGGACGACUGCGGCGACGACGCGGCGCUGUGGCGGGGGGGGAGCUCCGAGGCGGCGGCCCAGCCGGUCUGACGGCCGUGCGGGCAAAAGAGGGCAGCCUCCUCGUGCUGCUUGUUCCACUCUCUCUCUCCCCGUCCUGCUGUCUGCUCUUCCUCGUGUGCCUCCCUCCCCGGUCCGUGCUUCCUCCCAGAUUCCCCCCC